AUGACGCUGAUCUGCCUCGUCGAUGGCAUAGACCACUACGACAACGAUGAGUAUGAACAGGAUAUGAUGAUUGUGCUGAAAUGUAUAUUGGAUCUUGCCAGAGACGACGAAGUGCUUUCAGCACUCAAGAUCCUUGCCACGAACUCUUCGAGAACGGAAUUUGAGAGCGCUUUCAAGGACGACGAGUCAUCUUAUUUGUCUAUGAAAGGCCUCCCCCGGAUUAACCAAGAGGCUGCUAUGCUGCCGUCAAGCGAAUCCGAUGACGAGGAAGAUUGA